UCACAUUAUGGGAACGUUCUCAGCCCCAUUACAGCUAAAUGCGCUGUACGAUCAAAUGGAACAGGUAAAUGCAACAAUCCGUAGUUUGAUUGCAAGUGCGACAGUCAGCUUGCUCGAUAGGCAAUACGCUAUCAGUGACAUGAUUCUUCCCACAUCCGAGGGGAGUAACGAUAUGUUUGUGAUUGUUGAGAGCUUUAUGACGUUUUUGGCGAACGAAACCGGUAUUUUGUCGGAGGAUCUAGCCGAACAGCUGGACGAUUGGUUCAAUGAAACGACGAACUUGAUUAACAUCGUAGCGGAAGAAGUGUCUGCCAUACCGCAAACGCUAAUGGAAGCUCCUAUCGAAGCGUUUCUGAGGCAGGAAAGCUCACUCAAAUGUUUGGCGGAGUACAACAACAAAAACGCUGUGGAGAAAAUGUGGAUUGGAUUGGAUCGAAUUCUGCAGUGCUUCCACAUUGGUAACGACACCGAGCGCCCGUUUGACAUGGCGAAACAAUUACUCAGCUUAGCGGACAGGGACAUUCAGCUCACUUUGGAAGAGAUUUUGGAGUGCCAUCAGAGCACCUUGCGCGUCGGUUACGAUGCGAAGGUUUAUGAUGAGAUGGCAAGCUGCUACGAAAUGUCCAAACCGAUUCUAGAAGCAAUGCAGGAGUAUGUUGACUCGAAGAUGGAUGAGAUUUACUUUCAUGUUGAGCUUUCAAUGUACUUUAACGAGCUUAAAAUGGAAUCGUGCGUUUACUAUCGGGCGAGAGAGAUGAUGUUGGACGUGUCCGAGGUCAACCAGCGCUAUCGAAGGUGUAACGAAGAAGGCCAAAUAGAGUUCUAA